CGUAAUAUCCGUUGCGUCAUAACGAAGCAUGCGCCUUGUCAUUUUCAUUGGUUGGUCAUAGAUUAAAAUUAUAAUAAUCUACCAAUAAUCGGGCCAUCGCUCAAGUCUCGUUCUGUGAUAAGUCUUCUUUUGAGGUGGUAGUGGACUGUCUGAUGUGCAUUUAAAGUGUUAUAAAAUAAAUAUACAACAUGAUUAUCAAGGAAUACCGUGUGACACUCCCCUUAACAGUCGAGGAGUAUCAAGUGGGCCAGCUCUACUGCGUCGCCGAAGUCUCGAAAAACGAAACUGGCGGCGGUGAAGGAAUUGAAGUUAUAAAAAAUGAGCCCUUCAAAGAUUAUCCCCUACUCGGUGGCAAGUUCUCGUCGGGGCAGUACACAUACAAGAUCUACCACUUGGCCUCGAAGGUGCCCGCCUUCAUCAGGCUGCUGGCGCCCAAAGGCUCCCUGGAGGUGCACGAAGAAGCGUGGAACGCGUACCCAUACUGCCGAACUGUGCUUACGAAUCCCGGCUACAUGAAGGAGAACUUCGUUAUUUGCAUAGAAUCACUGCAUUUACCAGACGCCGGCGAUCAGUACAAUGUACACGAGCUAACGCCUGAAAAGCUAAAGAACCGUGAAGUGGUCCACAUAGACAUCGCGAAUGACCCCCUGUCCUCCGCCGACUACAAGGUAGAGACGGACCCCACCAAGUUCAAGUCCACCAAGACGGGCCGCGGGCCUCUAGUGGGCCCCACUUGGAAGAACGAUGUGAAACCCGUAAUGACAUGCUACAAGCUCGUCACUGCUGAGUUCAAGUGGUUCGGACUUCAGAGUAAAGUAGAAAACGUGAUCCAGAAGUCGGAGCGACGGUUGUUCACCAUAUUCCAUAGACAAGUGUUCUGCUCAAUCGACGACUGGUUCGGCAUGACCAUGGCCGACAUCCGCGCCAUCGAGGACCGCACCAAGGAGGAGCUGGAGAAGUUGCGGCGCCAGGGCGAGGUCCGCGGCAUGCGCGCCGACAACGAGUAGCCAACCACACGUUACUUGAAUUAUACAUUCAUCUCGGUAUUAGACUUAUUAUCAAUGUUAGGCGUUUGACUAAAGGGGUUAUUUCACGCAAAAACAAUAAUGUUUUGUCCAUUAUAGUAUAAUGUAGCUCAGUCGACUAUGAAUUGAUCGCGUGCCGACAUGGCAGAGCUCCCAGUCUGCCCGAGCUCGAGAUUGCAGUGUUACCGCCGACAUACCGCAGAACAUACGAGUGUGUAACAUUUUUGAGAUUUUAUUGUUUUCUAUUAAGUAACAUAGUUUGCAUUUGUAUUUUUAUAUUUUGAAAUAUAAUAAGUUGAACGUGUUAGAACACAGUACAUGUAUGAGUACAGUCCCCACUACCACUUGUUCGCGGUAACACUAACAACUGCAGGCAGUUGUAACAAUGCGGCGUUCUUGUAUGACUCUCGUUCUAUCUACGCUUAAUUAAAUAAAUCAAUCAAUCGUAUGACAGUAGACAUUUACCCGCCACGCAUUGACCAGCGAUCUCAGUUCAAGCGAGGGCAUAGAUUACCAUUAGAAGAAAUGAUAUAAUAUGGUAUAGAUAAUAUUUAAUAACUAAUAAGUCGAUGUAGUCAAUGGUUAACAGGUAGUGUUGUCGUUACCUAAUUAAAUAAUUAAUAAAAAGAAAUAUAUAAAUAUUGUAAUUGAAUUCGUCAUCUAGUUCGCAACGAGACCGGUGUAACAGCGGCCAGAUGUUUAUUGUUGUGUUCCGCGCUCGUCGCUCGUCUGUUGUGUUAUAUGUAACGUUAUGUGUAACGUGGCGCACUACAAAUUGUUGUAUAAUUACUCUAUGUCGCGGGCCUCCGGUGGGUGAGGGAGGGUGUUGCAAGGUGAAUGUAAGCUAAGGUGCGGUCUGGGAUUAUUUUAUAUUGUGGUAUCGUUGUUAACUUAUUUAUUGGGGUGGGUUCAGGUUGCAACAUCCUCGGCUAGUGAAUUUUCAUUAUAUUUUGUAUGAAUAAGUUUUUGUUGUUUAACAAAUCAGUAUUUUUAUGAAUUGUGUGACAUUCCAGUUUGUACCGACGGUGACGUUGCUAUCGUUUGCUACUUAAUCUUUGUUCGCUCUCUUGUGUUCACGCGACGUAUGAACAGUGGACGUGUAACUAUUGAAUCAGUACAAUUUGAAAUUAUUCGUGUAUCUUGGAUGAUGUUCCUGCAGCCAGUGUCCGCGAGGUGGCGCCACUGGGCCCCGCGCGGGAGCUGUGUCGGGCCGAUUUCUUUCUUACUGCACUUCCUUUUUUAAUUAAGUUUUUUUUACUUAUGUUGUAAUAAGUUUUACAUCAAAUACAGCGUGAUAAUAUAUUUGCGAGUAGUCGUUUUUAUUUGUAGCGUUAGAGAAUGGCACCCGCUUGUAGCUCGCCUAGUGCUUGCAGCCAGUACUUACUCCCGGCGGGCCGUCGCCAGAGACCAGCUCCUGUAAUAUAGAAGCUUCGCUUGGAUGUUGUUAAAGCUUAUUUGUUGCAGUUACCAAAUAAAGUUAAGUACACAAAUGAUUUAUUUUAUUUUACCUCGCAGGUAAUGGUACCCGGUGCAUGUACUGUAAAUCGUUUAAGCUUGUAACUCGCUCCACACUAGUAGUUUAUGAAAAUUUCAUCGAUGCAUAGUUAUCUAUAGUCGCUAAAAUUGUCAAUUUUUAAAUGUUUAGCUAUUUAAAGUUUGAAGUUCUUGCAUUGAUAAGUAUAAUGUAAUGAAAUAACAUUUGUUGUAAAAUGUACUAUGAAUAUUUUGAGGCCAACACAAAUAAAAUAAUUUAAUCGGU